ACAUGAACAGGAACUAUUAUUCAUGCAACAAACAAAUAAGUGUAAUACGUCUUACUCAUCAGUAGUUUUGUGAUAUUAAUUAAAGGCCACAAAAUGUUUUCCACAAAUCCGAAUUACACGAAGCUCAAAACUCACUUAAGGCUGGCUAUAAACCGUCUUAAACUACUUGAAAAAAAGAAAACCGAAUUGGCUUUAAAAGCUCGUAAGGAAAUAGCAGAAUACAUAGCUGCUGGUAAAACUGAACGGGCUAAAAUCAGAGUGGAACAUAUAAUCAGAGAGGAUUACAUAGUAGAAGCGAUGGAGAUUGUUGAAAUGUACUGUGACCUGAUACUAGCAAGAUUUGGUCUUGUUACUCAAAUGAAAGAAUUAGAUGAAGGUUUAGCUGAAGCCAUAUCAAGUCUUAUUUGGGUUGCGCCACGAUUGCACACUGAUGUACAGGAACUUAAGAUUAUUUCAGAUUUACUGACAGCAAAGUAUGGUAAGAUUUAUGCAGAUGCAUGUCGCAGUGAGGAUGUGAACACAAUAAGUGACAAACUGAAGCACAAGAUGUCUGUUCAGAGUCCACCAAAAAUACUUGUAGAGAGAUAUCUGAUAGAGAUAGCUAAGAAAUAUAAUGUGGAAUAUGAACCAGAUGAACAAGUUAUGAGAGAGGAAGAGGGUCGAGAUGCAUUGCUAAUUGACAUCAAUGGUCCACCGAUGCCUCCAGGGUUUAUAGGUUACCCGCCUCAACCUCCCAUGCCCCAGAUGCCCAGCAUGCCUAAUUUGCCUGGUCCUACUGUGCAGCCAUUUUCUUAUCCUUCUGUUCAACCUUCAGGUGGGAAAGCUGGUGGAUUUAUAGCAACCCCACCAACCAAUUAUCCGAGUGGCCCCAGCGGUUCACCUAUGAACUAUAACUUGCCUCCAGGAGUUGAUUCAAAGAAUUUAAGUAACAGCUUCCUUCAGGAAGAAAUGCAUAAUCUACCGCCUGCUUAUGAUAGUAUUGCACAUGAUAUGCCGGCACAUGUACCAACACCACAGCCAAGGUCUCGUGUACCACAGAACUAUUUCCCGGAACUACCAGAGUUACCGUCCGUACCAUCAGACUUGCCAUUGCCCUCCGUACCACAAAGCAACGACAACACUCCUAAGGACUCCAGUGCACCUGAUGAAAUAGAUUUUGAAGAUCUCAACAGACGUUUUGAAGAGCUAAAGAAGAAAAAGUGAAGUACUCAACACUAGUGUAUAUUUAAUUUGGCACGUUAGCAACAAGGAUACUCUUCUAUUUAGUGUGCCAACUUAAGUAUUUGUUGUACAAUGCUUGCAUAUUAUUUGGUUAUAAAAUGAAUUUUCGUUAUAAAUUGAAAUAAGUUAUAAUUAUUAACUUUUUUUUUAGGUUAUAAUAUGUUUAAUAAACAAGAUUUUUUUACGCUAGAUAUUAUAUUGGUUAAAAAUUAAGUUACAAGUUUCAUAAUAAUGUUACGACAAUACUUUAAAUGCUUUAUUUAUAGAGUAAAAAUAUUGAUGAUAAAAAUAAAUAUUAAAUCUAUAAAAUAUUUUAACGAGCAUUAAACCGACAUAUAUAAUUCAUAAAAUGGUUAUUGAAAAAAUUGCUUCAGAUUGCUAGUUUUACAUUGAUUAUUAGAUCUUCAUUUUAUUAAAAUGUAUGAAUAUAUUAUUGUAAAUAUUUAAUUUAAGGACAUAAUUUGUACUUUAAAUCUGAUUAUUGUAACAAAUUCAUUUAUUCCAUGCAUUUUAACUACUGAAACACUUUGAAAAUAUAUAUAUAUUUUUAAUCUCUGACGUCCUCAUUGAAAAAAAAAAUUAAAAUGUGUUUGAGUAGUGAAAA